AUGAAGUUCUCUGCAGCAUCAAUGGAGAUUGCUCUAUUUCUACUUCUUCUAAUAUCCGUUCAAACAAUCGCAGAACCGUCCACACACAAAACCGGUAAAGUCAACCCCCCACCAGUUCCAUCUUCUCCUACUAAAGAUCCUCCUCCUCCAAGGCCACCCACUAACAACGGGAACAACAUGUUUAUGCCGAAAACAAUGGCUCGGAUGAGAUCACUAUCCUAUCUUCGCAUGCACUAG